AUGCGGACAACUGACACGGCGUCGUUCCGGCCGUUCGUCCUCUUGGCGGGCCUCAGCUACUAUGCGCUCUUCGGAGGCUGGCUUGACACCGUCCUCCUACUCGCCUUCUCGGCAUGGCGAAACAAGCAUGCCGUUGCGGACCUGGUCGCGGAUUAUAUAAACCCAAGAACCCUCCAGCAGCAAAUCUUCCUCAUUCCUGGCUUCGCCCUUGGGUUGAUAGCUCUGCAGAUUAUACGCUUCAUCAUAAGCCUGACGGAGGAUGGUGCAACUCAGUGGACAACGUCAAUGAGGCCGCUAUUGAUACCAGCCAGAACGACUCAUAGGAGGACUUUCCCAGAGAAACACGAGUUCGCGUACUCGUACCUUGUCGUCGGCAUCCCGGUCGGCUGGAAAGGGAAUUACGCGGGCAUGGUCUCGAGCGGGACAGGGAAGCGCAGCUGGCUGUCGUGGAUCUCGUUGGCGUCAGAGACUGAGCGAGGCUGGUUCGACGUCAACCCUGCUGACUAUCUCGAGAGAGGGAAUGGCCAUCUCGGCCUGAGGGGAAAGUUGGACGCAUAUCUUAGGUCUCAGGGCGCGGAUCCAGCCGAGUAUCCUUGCGCAUAUCUCGUCACGGCUGCCAAGUUCCUGGGCUACAGCUUCAAUCCCGUCUCGUUCUGGUACCUCUAUUCCAAAGACAAGGAACUGAGGGCCAUGAUUCUCGAAGUGAACAACACUUUUGAUGAGCGAAGGAUGUACUUCCUCCCCGCAGACACUAUACCGCCCGAGCAACGCGUCAGCGGAGGUGCUGCGGAAUCAAGUGAAGCCUUAAGUAAUGGCGAGCAACCCGUCAACAAGUCGACCGCAAGAAUGACCAAACAGUGGCCAAAAGACUUCCAUGUCUCCCCCUUCAACUCUCGAAAAGGCUCUUACUCCCUCUCAGCCGUCGACUUCUUCAGCAAUGGCCCCCACGGCCUCCCCAACCUCGACACUACAAUCACUUUAAAGUCCUCCAAAGACCACACGAAACUGAUCGCGCGCCUCUUCUCAUCCGCCCCUGCGAUCGACCCGGGUUCCAUGUCUCCCUUUAAGAAACUUUUCUUCCUGUGUAGCUGGUGGUGGGUCGGCUUCGUGACUUUCCCCCGCAUUGUCAAGGAGGCUGCCAUACUCUUCUUCCGCCGCAGCCUGCACGUAUGGUACCGCCCGGAGCCGCUGAAGCAAAGCAUCGGUCGGCAUGCAGACGCGGCGGAGCGGGGUCUCGAGCCCUUCUUCCGGGAAUACCUUCGCCAUCUUGUCGAGCAGUCCUCCGCUCCUAUUGCCGUGAAGUACAUACCCUCCGGCAUUGAAGCUGAUUUGGCCCCAGCCGAGGUGAUGCUUUCGCCUGUGGCUCAAAGGCGGCCAAAGCAAGCUGAAGAGCUUGAGUUCAAGAUCCUUACGCCCGCCUUUUACACCCGCUUUGUGCAUUAUGCUCAUGAUCUGGAGGCUGUUUGCUGCGAGUUCCAGGACAACUGCACAAUCCACAUCUCUCGUCCCGACCUCCUCCCCAAGCUCAUUCUCAAAAAGCCGACGCCGCCCCUGCGUACGACAAGCUUGCUGGACUUUGUCUACUUCAGGGCCAUUCGGUCCCUGCGGCAGAGACCGGAGCGGAUUGAGCGGCCACUUACCUCGAGCGUCACCGCAGCCAGCUCCAAGACCCAACAGGGCGUGGAAAAAGUCGACAUUCGCGACUUUCGCAUAUCCUCGAUGGACGGCUUCGUCCUCGCCAGCAAGGACCCCGGGAAGAGGAGCGCAUACAGGUCCAUCGUUCUGCAAGCGUUCCUAGCCGACCGCUUCGCAUUGGGAAGCGUCGAGCUGCUGGGCCUGCAGCACUUUAUCCUACGCGCGGGGUUGGCCUGGGUCUUGUCUUCUGCUGUUGCCCCGCUGCUCAUGGCCUUUUGA